UAUUAGUCUGCGCAGUACAAAGACCCCCAAAUUAAUCGCUCGCUCUCUCUUUCUCUCUCUCUACGCGAAAAAAUCUCUUUCGUCUCCUUGGUUUAGGAUUGUGUUUCACUUCUGUCUGUCUUACUCUCUUUUUGAUUUUCCCGGUAAAUCGGGAUAAUUUUGAAGGGAACUAGCAAAAAAACAACUUAGAAAUUUUACAGGUUUGGUUGUUGGUGGCGGCUUUUGAUUUCAAUCAAUCGUCUUCAUUGAAGUUCUGAUUUUGGUGUGCAGUAGAUCUGGGAAGUUCGGACUUUCUGUAGAGAUUAGGGAUGCAGAGACAGACAAGGUACAUGGAGAGGACGAACUCCAUGAGGGAAAAAAGGGGUUUGGAGGGUGGAGAAGAUGAGCUGCCAGAGCGAAAGCGACCAGCUCUAGCUAGUGUGAUUGUAGAAGCCUUGAAGGUGGAUAGUUUACAAAAGUUGUGCUCGUCAUUGGAACCAAUACUCCGUAGAGUGGUUAGUGAGGAAGUGGAACGUGCUUUGGCUAAGAUAGGUCCUGCUAGAAUUUCCGGAAGGUCUUCUCCUAAAAGGAUUGAAGGUCCCGAUGGAAGAAACUUGCAACUGCACUUUAGGUCUAGGUUGUCUCUUCCCCUAUUCACAGGAGGGAAAGUGGAAGGUGAACAGGGCGCAGCAAUCCAUGUCGUUCUGAUUGAUGCCAACACAGGCCAUGUAGUAACGUCUGGACAGGAAGCCUUGUCUAAAUUGGACAUUGUGGUACUUGAAGGUGAUUUUAACAAUGAAGAUGAUGAAGAUUGGACGGAGGAAGAAUUUGAAAGUCAUGUUGUUAAAGAGCGUGAAGGAAAGAGGCCUCUAUUGACUGGUGACCUGCAGGUUACCCUCAAGGAAGGCGUUGGAACACUAGGGGAUUUGACCUUCACUGAUAAUUCAAGUUGGAUUAGGAGCAGAAAGUUCAGACUUGGGUUAAAGGUGGCUUCGGGAUUUUGUGAAGGUGUUCGUAUUCGUGAAGCAAAAACUGAAGCUUUUACAGUUAAAGAUCACCGAGGAGAAUUGUAUAAAAAACAUUACCCACCUGCAUUGAAUGAUGAUGUGUGGAGAUUGGAGAAGAUUGGAAAGGAUGGUUCAUUUCACAAGCGGCUUAACAAAAAUGGAAUAUUCACCGUUGAAGACUUUCUCCGAAUGGUGGUUCGAGAUUCUCAAAAGUUACGGAGUAUCCUUGGAAGUGGUAUGUCAAAUAAGAUGUGGGAGGCUCUCCUAGAACAUGCUAAGACCUGUGUCCUAAGCGGGAAGCUGUAUAUUUAUUACCCAGAGGAAACAAGAAAUGUUGGUGUUGUUUUUAACAAUAUCUAUGAGCUCAAUGGACUGAUUACAGGGGAACAAUACUUUUCUGCUGAUUCUCUGUCUGAUAGCCAGAAGGUUUAUGUAGAUACACUAGUGAAUAAAGCAUAUGAAAAUUGGAAUCAAGUUGUAGAGUACGAUGGCAAGUCACUUUUGAGCUCUAAGCAACCUAAGAAGUCCAAUGCAUCCCGAAAUGACUUUCAAGGUGGUCAUCUUGAUCUUUCUAAUACUCUGGAUCACGGAUCACUGCCCCGCAUGCCAGUGUCAGUUCAGCAUCAGCAGCCUGUAGUGGAUUCAGGACUCUCAGUUGCAGGGUAUAAUGAUAAUACAGUCACAAGAUAUUCAACCCAGCCUCAGUUUGUGAAUUCAACUUCUCGAGUACAGUUUGACAACUCUCCAUUUACUUCUAAUGAGUUAAUGGGCAAUUCUAACCAAGUUCAUAUCACAAGAAAUGACAAUAAUGCUUUUGGUUUGGCCCUUGGUCCUCCACAAGCAUCUUCUUCAGGGUUUCAGACGCUCGGUUCUUCUAUUCAGGAAUCUAAUGUGAAUCCAUUUGACUGGUCAACCAAUAGGGACAAGGGAGUUGACGACUUCUUUUCAGAGGAUGAGAUUCGUAUGAGAAGUCACGAAAUGCUUGAAAAUGAAGAUAUGCAACAUUUGUUGCGAAUGUUUAGCAUGGGAGGGCAUGCAUCUGUUAAUGUUCAUGACGAGGGUUUUUCAUUCCCAUCAUUCAUGCCUUCACCAAUGCCAAAUUUUGAUGAUCGUAACCGUUCUGGUAAAGCUGUGGUGGGUUGGCUGAAGAUCAAAGCUGCAAUGAGGUGGGGCUUCUUCAUCAGGAAGAAAGCAGCUGAGAGACGUGCACAGCUUGUCGAGUUGGACGAGGAAUAGAACUUGGUUAGUCGGUGCAGUUCAGCCUGCUAUUUGAGCUUCCUCACUCACUGUAUCAUCAUUCUGUAGAUCAUGGAAUUCAUCAAGUGACUACUCGUGCUCUUGAGUCUCGCUGGAUCAACUCGAAAGGAUGUCUUUUGUAUCUGUAUAACAUAUUAACAGCGGAAGCUACACUUUUGUACAGAUUCCUGUACAGUGACUCAUUCCUGUUUGCUAGUGACUAUUUAAGAUGUUUUCCUGUCAUCAUUCUACCUUUGGUAGGCCAAGAAUAUGAAUGGGUUGGCCGGUGACGGGGUAAAUUUCUUAUUUCAUAUACCCUUUCUUAAUGUUGUUUGAUUGAUUAGGAUCAAGGUUUCCUUACAGUUUUCUGUUGCUUUGAAA